AUGUUGUACCUUCUAUCAGUCCUUGCAAUAGUUCUUAUCAGCCAGGAGGCGUUAUGUACGGAUUACUGCAACAAGGAUCUGUGUCUGCCGGAAAUAACGCAUAUCGCUUGCCGCAAUUAUGGGGACUUUGAUGAGAGUUGUGGCAGUGAUGCAAUCAUCGUGAAGUUUCCCAUGCACAUGCGUGCCCACCUCCUGGCCGUCUUAAAUGAUUUUCGGAAUACCGUGGCUAAGGGUCAGUAUCCGCACUUGCGUCCAGCUUCCCGGAUGGCAACACUACGGUGGCACGAGGAGCUGGCCGGAUUGGCCAAGUUUGCCUUGAGGCGUUGUGACUAUAUCGACGAUUACUGCAGCAAUACGGAUGAGUUCAGCUAUGUGUCAUAUAUAUAUGGCAGUACCAAGUGGUUGCAACUGGAGAAGGAUCCCAUAUCCGUUUUGGACUUUGUUUUGCAGUUUUGGAUGGAUGAUGUCAAGGGCUGCACAAUGGCCCACAUCAAUGCCGAGAAACCGGCCAAGGAUGGACAGUGUCGCGGCUACUUCACCCAGCUGGUCCAAGAUUUGGCCGCCCAUGUCGGCUGUGCCAUGAUGCUGCGAAAAGGCCAAAAGAGCGGACUCUACCAGUACGGUGUCCUUUGUCACUUUUCGCGCGGAAAGAUCGCCAAUGAGCUGGUUUACCGGGCAAGUGCUCAUCCGGGAAGUCGCUGCUAUGCGGGAACCCACUCCAUAUAUGAGGGGCUCUGCUCACCCGAGGAGCAUGUUAAUCCCAAUGCCCUGCAAUUGGGCGAGCUUAAUUGAUUCGUUCAUGCUGCAUUUAAUAAAUCUAGCUCAUAAGAUAGCUUUACACAUUA